AUGGCGUUGAGCCUGGCCAGGAGCGUCUGCGCAGUCUGGUCGAGGUCCUGCUUGGCCUUGUCGUCGUCCCGCACGGUGGUCUUCGCGUCGGAGUACUCGUUCUCGCCGAACUCGUCGAUCGUCUUCUUGAAGUCCGCUGCCCUCGUGGUCAAGAACGCGCCCAUGGCCUCGGGGAAGUUCUUGGCCGCGAGCUUCCUGCGCAGCGAUGGGAUGUCAGCCAGCUCGCCGCCGCGCGCGCGCAGGAACGCCUUCGACUUGCCGACGGCCUCCUCCAAUUCCUUCUUCGACUUCUUUCUAGCUGCUUUCUGUGGGUUCUCCUUGGCGUCCUCGAGCUCCUUCUGCAGCCUCUCCUCUCGCUUCCGCGUCUUCUCCUCGGCCUUGCUCUGCGACGUCGGCGUCGGCGCCGGGCUGGAGGCGGCGUGGCCGUCGGAUGCGGCGGCGAUGUCGACGAUCUCCUUGCUGUACUUGUACUCUUUCACGCCGAGGUCUGCCAGGGCCUUCAUCCUGCGCGGGUUGGCCAGUUCUGUCAUCUCCGCUUCGCUCAGCGGCGCAUCGCCCAUCUCGGCAGGCAACUCCAUCUUGACCUUGGACUUGGCCUUGGCGGUGGGCGUCCUGACAGGCGCGUCCUCGGGCGCCUCGUCCUCUGGCUCUUCCUUCGGCUGCAUCAGGGUGUCCUGCGGGUCCUUCGGCGAAUCCUGCACGGCCUGCCUCAUCUCCUCCUGCUGCAUGCGCGCGGCGAGCUCGGCGCCCUGCUUCUCGAUGGCCCUGCGCGCCUCGAUCGCCACCUCGUCGGCCUCCUCGGCGCCGCGCGAUGGGCCAGUUGAGCAGUCGGUGGCGAACUGCUCCACCUCAGACGUGGGCCCAAACGCGUCGAACCUGCUGUCGACGUACGGGCGGGGGGCGUACUCGGGCUUUGCGGCAUGGCGGAACUCCUCGAAGUUGGACACGAUGAAGUGGCAGAACUCCACGUGGUACUCGACGAUGCUCUCGGCCUCCGCCCUCGCGGAGAUCGAGGCACUCAGCAGGCAGCUGAAGGUCGCCUUCUUCCGCGGCGCGGAGGGGCCCGACAAGGCGCAGAAGGCCGAGCGGGACCAGGCGGCCGUCGACAAGCUGCAGCAGUGGUGCGUUGACUCGCUGAAGCUCGUGAAGCCGCCGAGCGACCCGCUGUCCGCCCCUAAGGUGUUGGGAAGCGUCAGCAACUUCAUGGAAGAUGCGGCCAUGCUGGAGUGGGCUGGCGUGGGCUUCGGCAAGCAGGAGUCCUUCCACGUGGCCAUGUCGCUCAGGAAACUUGCGGCUGACCUGCCCUCCCUCGAGAAGUUGCGCAUCUGGGGCAAAAUCCUGGGCACGGGCGGCGACUACUACGUCGCGGAGGGCACGCUGCAGGCUGUCAGCGACAAGCCAGAACCCGACCCGCUGCCGAACGCCCCGGAAGGGCGAGUGGGCGCCGGCCGGCGAGGGGGCGAACGUCGCGUGUUAUUGGGUGUCGGCCGGUGGCGCGGCUCCCUGGGUCCGCUUACCCGCAGCGCGUGCGAGCCACAUCGUCAGCGCUCGCUGCAUCAGGCGGCUGUUCACGGGCAGCCUCGGGAGCGAGGUACUCUCCACGCCCUGGUUCCCCGGCAAGGAGCGGCACCUGCUGCGGUCGCAGAUCGCCCGCAUCACAGCUACAUGCACGCUGGCACCGUCUGGCUUCUACGAGGUGGACGAGGAGUCGGAGGUGAAGAACAAGCUGAAAGAGGCAGAGGAGUUCGAGUUCCCUGA